AUGGUUAUAGCGGUGUGUAUGCUCAAUAAAUCAAGGCAACACCACCGUUGUCGUGGCCCGAAUGUGGAUAGACAUAGGCAAUCUCAGGAGCAAGUGGAUGAGAUUGCGCCGAUGGGAAAAUCAACUAUCCUAGAGUGCUUGGUAAGAUUCUGUGAUGCAAUAGAAAAUCUGCACAAGAGGGAGUACCUCGCAAACCUAUGGCUAAGGACCUCCGAAGGCUUGUACAAAAAGUUAAGGCUCGAGUGGAAGAAUUGCCCAACUGCUUGGCAAGGAGAUUAUGAGAAUCGAAAGGGCCAAAAAAGAUUAAUUCUGGAGGCUGUAGCUUCAUUCAACACUUGGGUUUGGCAUGCAUUCUUCGGAGUUGCCGGAUCUCAGAAUGACCUUAAUGUGCUUGGUCAAUCCCCGGUGUUCAAUGAUGUAUUGCGAGGUCAUUCCCCACAGAUCAUGUACCGAAUUAACAAUACCGUAUACUCGGGUGCGUACUACCUAGCCGACAGAAUUUAUCCUAGGUGGACGACAUUCAUGAAAACAAUUCCGAAUCCCCAAUCCGAGAAGGAAAAAAGCUUUGCUGCCUUUCAAGAAGGUUAUAAGAAAGACAUGGAAAGGUGUUUCGGUGUCUUGCAAGCUUAUUGGGCAAUUAUUAAGGGUGUUGCUCGGAUGCUUGAUGAAGAGGUGCUGCAGAGCAUUAUAAUGACUUGCAUCAUCCUUCAUAACAUGAUUGUGGAGGAUGAGUAUGAUUAUGAUGCUUCAGAGGUGUUCGAACUAGAUUCCAUGAACACGACGUUGACAAGAAUUUAUGAAAGGUCGAUGAGACCAAAUGAACAACCAAUGGAGCACGAACUGUUAAUUCGGGAUGGUCGAUACAACAACCCCAUGAUUGAUCAUUAUCAGGAAAUGCAAUCUUCAUAUAUUCACGAGAUAUGUCAAGUUGACUUGAUCAAGCACUUGUGGGAGAUGAAAGACAAUCACAAUGGAUGA